AAAGAUUAAAUUAAAUUGUUAAAUGGAAUCAAUAGCUAAGGCUGCGUCUUCGAUUGGAAUAUUGGGUGAAAAUGCAGUGGAAUUAACGUGUCCUCGUUGUCAAUGUCGUGUAAAAACAACAGUGAGAUAUCGUCCAUCGAUUAAAACGCAUUUAAGGUGUUUGUUAUUAUCGUGGUGCUUGUGUUGCUUCUUACCAUAUUGCAUGGAUUCCUGUAGAGAUGCAUAUCAUUUUUGCCCAAUGUGUGGUUUUUUUAUUGGGGUCAAAAAGUUUUAACUUAAAAAUUAAAAAUUGUAUAUUACUAAAGAAAUGAACUGAAAUGGUUAUUAGAAUUAUCAUAUAUAAGCGAAUGAAUUAUAAUUAUUUAUUUAU